GUUUGCAUUGAAAUGGUGAAGUUGCCUUCUUCUGUAGUUUCAAAGUCAAAUUUCUCCUCAAGCCACAUUAAUGAUCAGAAGGUAGUAGACGAUGUUCAAAUUGUGGGGAGUUCUAGUUUUGUUGAUAGAUGCAAGGACCUUUCAAGAUCUAAUGAUGCUGCUUACAACAAGCUUAACAACUUCAACUUGGUAGAAGCUCAAUCAACUAGUCGUUUCCCUAAGAAUCAAAAAGCUGGUGCUAGUCCAGAAGUAGAAAUCUUGUCUUCCGGGAAUGCCUCUAGAGAUCUCUCUCCUGCUCAAGUUCCUAAAGCUGAUGGCGCAUCUUUCAUUUUUCCUAGUGGUUCAUCUAGUGGUCAUCAACCUCGCAGGAUGUUUUUACCAGGUAGAUUUAACUCGGAUCCUUAUGUUGCUCAGGGUAACAAGUUUCCUAUCACAGUCAAAGAAAGGCGACACCACCUAGCAAUGGUGCAAAUUGGAAAUCAUGAAAGUUGGUGCAAGUAUGAAGCAAUUCGAUAUGACCGAGCCUACUAUAGCUAUCAUAAUCUUGCAACUUUGAAGUCAAGAGAACAUGUGGAUAAUUUCUUCAUUUUGUGCGUUUGUCGUUAUCUGUUCAAACAAACUCACCCAUCAGUAUCAAAGAAACAUUUCUUCUUCUCUUAUAUCGGGUUAUAUUCUCUUCUCAGGAAACCAUCCUAAGAGGCUCUGAUGUUGACAUUGUAGGCAACGCUUUCACUGGUGCUAACAAUGCUUUCCCAAUGUGGAGAAGUAAUCUGUUAUUCUUUCCCAUUGGACAAGAGAACCAUUGGUUUACCUUUGUUGUUUGCUUGAAGGAGAGGGCCUUUGCAUUUCUUGAUUCUCUGUACGGGGCAAAGGAUCAUUUUCACCUGGGAAUCCGUGACAAAUUGAUUGCAAACUUCAUAACAAUCUGGGACCAGUUUGUGACUCCUUUGCUGCGUAAGCGCAUCGACUUUGAGAAUUUUGACAUUGUGUAUCCUACUCUUCCACAGCAAAAUAAUUGGGAUGAUUGUGGUGUUUUUACUGUCAUGUACCUAAAGCACUGGACUCCUAGGACCCCAAUUGGCAAUAUGUUUCGCGCAUCCGAUGUUGACAACAUAAGAAUCAGAUUGGCAAAUGAGUUGUACUUCAGUGGAUUCAACAGUGUCGACAAGACUUUUGUCACACACUUCUUUGAUGAUGUCAAGGCUUAGGUGUUCCUGGAAGAUGCAUGUCCGGCAUUUGAAGGCUUUGCUUAAAACUAGGCAUUUCGAGAGAUUUUUAGAUAGUAGUACUGCUGGCCUUGUUUUUUUCAAUAGUGUGAUUAAAUGCGACAAUUUUGUACACUUUUUGGCCUUCAUGUCAUGUAUGGUGUA